AUGGAUGAAGAUGGGAGUGAGUUCACGGGUGUUGGAGCUGAUGGAGAGUGGUCAGAGGGAUGGUAUGAUCUUUUGAAGACUUUGGUCGAAGAUAUUGCAUGGAAUUUUGCAAAAGAAAACAAUAUUGACUUACUUACAAUAAACCCAACAUUGGUUAGUGGACCUCUCUUGCAACCAGAGCUUAACACCAGUGCUGUUGUAGUCUUAAAUUUUGUCAACGGUUCGUCAACAUUUAAAAAUAUAACUUUGGGAUGGAUCGAUGUGAGAGAUGUUGAAAAUGCCCAUAUUCUAGCAUAUGAGAAUGCUUCAGCUAAUGGAAGAUAUAUAUUAGUUGAGAGAGUCAUACACCACCAACGAAGCGUUUCACAGGAACCAUGGUUUACAGUGGCCACCAUCCCAACUCGAAGAAAAGGAUUAGGAGAAGUAAGCAAUUGUGGAGAAAAACAAAGAGGGUCAAUAUCAGGGUUGGUGUUGUACAACUGA